UAUUAUUCAUUGUGAUCUGCAUGCCAAUAACGUACUUGUACAUCAAAAAAAUAUUAAGCUGGCGGAUUUUGGCUUAUCAAGAAAAAUUACUAAGGAUUCAAGUAACGCCUAUAACACCUCACUGCAUGGUGCUGUACCUUAUCUCGAUCCAAAGAGUUUCAAUAAUUUAAAAGUUAAUGAUGAGCAAAAUUAUGUUUUAAAUAAAAAAUCUGAUGUAUAUAGUAUUGGAGUACUUAUGUGGCAAAUUUCAAGCGGACGCAUACCAUUUGAUACUGAAAUUCAUGACGUAACAUUAGCCAUCGGCAUAUUAUGUGGAAGAAGAGAAAAAAUUGUUGAGGGUACUCCUAAAAAGUAUAGUGAUUUAUAUAAAGAAUGUUGGAAACAUGAAGAAAUCGAGCGUCCAGAUAUGAAAGAAGUUGUUUCAUUACUUAAAUCGCUUAUCUUACCUGAAGAAAAUAAACAAUCAAAUAGUUCAAUAAUAAUAGAUCCAAAAGGUAUAAUACUAAGUGAAAAAAGUGAUGAAAUUUACAAUUCGAAGAUAGAAAACAUAUCACUAAAUAUUAGCGAAAAAAGUGUUGUAACUGACGAUUUCAGUGAUUUAACAAUAGAAAACAUACAAAUUAUUGAUGAAAAUAAAUCCGAAAAUAGCUUAAGUUCACAAAAUCAAAAUACUACUCAAUUAAAUGUAACUUAUCCUGUAUCGUCGGAUAUACCUUAUACGAAUAAAUUUAAAGAAUUGGGCAAAAAGAUAUUUUUGGAUCCACUUAAAUAUAUUUAUUUUAAAUUAUACGAAUAUGAUUUACCAAAAUCUGUAAUAAUAGGAACAUUAAUACUAUUAUUUUCUAUCAUUAUUAUUAUCAUUUAUAUAUUAGAAAAUUUGGAGGAAGUUAUUGACUGGUAUAGAACGACAAAUUUUAUAACCGGAUUGGCUCAAUUUUAUAUGUGUAUACUUUAUUUGUAUCGCAGAGAUGGUAUAGACGAAAAAAAAGAAUUUCAAACAAUUAAAAAAAUUGCUGAAAAGGGAGUUUUAAAUGCUCAAUCAUUACUUGGAGAUUAUUAUUCAAAUGGAAUUGGGACAGAAAUUAACAAAUCAAAAGCAUAUGAGCUAUAUAAAAUAGCUGCGGAUAAAGGAGAUAACUACGCACAAUACGAAUUAAGUUUAUUAUAUGAAUUGGGAGUGGGAGUUAACAAAGAUGAGGAAAAAGCAUUUGAUAUGAUUAAAAAUUUAGCCGAAAAAGAAUACCUUGAUGCUCAGUUUCAACUGGGAUAUUAUUAUUCAAAUGGGAUUGGGACCGAAAUUAACAAGUCAAAAGCAUAUGAAUUGUAUAAAGUAACUGCAGAUAAAGGAGAUAACUACGCACAAUACGAAUUAAGUUUGUUAUAUGAAAUGGGAGAGGGUGUUAACAAAGAUGAGAAAAAAGCAUUCGAAAUAAUUGAAAAUUUAGCCGAAAAAAAUUACCUUGAUGCUCAAUUUCAACUUGGAUAUUAUCAUGAAAAAGGUAUUGGAACUAAAAUUGAUGAAAUAAAAGCAUUUAACUUAUACGAAACGGCCGCAAGAAAAGGUCAUAAUGACGCACAAUAUAGUUUAGGUAUAUGUUAUAGAAAUGGAAUAGGUGUCAGUAAAGAUGAAAAAAAAGCAUUCGAAAUAAUUAAAAAUUUAGCCGAAAAAGAAUAUUUAAAUGCUCAAUUUCAACUUGGAUAUUGUUAUGAAAAAGGAAUUGAAACUGAAAUUAACGAAGAAAAAGCAUUUGAGUUAUAUAUGAUAGCCGCAGAAAAAGG